AUGCCCAGAUCCAAGCGUUCCAAGCUUGUGACCCUAUCAAAAACUGAUAAAAAGGGUAAAGAAAACAAGGAAAAAACUUUUGAAGCUGUGAGGCAGUCGUUGGAUCUGUUUAGGUACGCUUUCGUGUUACUGCUAGGCGACAUUAGAAGCAAUUUUCUUCAUGACAUUCGGAGCGAUUGGAACGGCUCAAAACUUAUUUUAGGCAAGAGAAAGGUCUUACAAAAAGCGUUGGGGGAGAGUGUUGAGGAUGCUUAUAAGGAGAGGUCGAACGAGCUUGCUGAGAUCCUAGUGGACCAGACGGGUCUUAAUGCGCUCUUGUUUACUGACGAGACACCGGAGAAUGUCGAAGCUUACUUCGCAGCUUUUGUGAAGCUUGACUUCGCCAAAGCAAAUAACAAAGCCCCUAUCGACUUCACCAUUCCCCAGGGUAUUGUCUAUUCCAGGGGUGGGCAAAUUCCGAUCGAAGAGGAUGUGCCAAUGUCGCAUUCUAUGGAGGUGACUUUAAGAACAAAAUAUAAGAUACCAACAAAGAUCCAAGGGGGAAAAAUUUACUUAGAUGAGCCAUUUAUUGUAUGCAAAAAAGGAGAGCGUUUGGAUGUUGUGAAGGCGUUGAUUUUAAAGCAAUUUGGAGUUGCUGCUACGGAAUUCAAGACAAAUCUCCUUGGAUAUCUUGAUACAUCAAAUAGUUUCUGCAAACGAUACUGA